AUGGGUGCAUUUUUGGAGAAGCCCAAAACCGAAAAGCAUGGUGAAUCUGGUGGUGGAAAUGGCAUUCGUUACGGAGUUUGUAGUAUGCAAGGUUACCGAGUGGAGAUGGAGGAUGCUCACGUUGCAAAAACCGAACUUUCCGGCGAGUUUUCCUCUUGGUCCUAUUUUGGAGUAUUUGACGGCCACGCGGGUUGCCGCGUUUCAGAACUUUGUGCUGAUAAACUCUUAGAUGAGUUUAAGAAAAUGUCAAAAUUACAAUCUCAACCGUUAGAGCAUGAAUUAGUUAGAAAUGGAAUAGUCAAGGGCUUUCUAGAUUUCGAUCAUUAUUUGGAAGCUGAAAAUAGCAACGAACGAUCAGGUUCUACGGCUGUAGUUGCUUUUGUCACCCCUACUCAUAUCAUACUUGGCAACUGUGGCGACUCACGAGCAGUUCUUGUAAAGAAUAAUCAGCCAGUUGUUGUUACAGAAGAUCAUAAACCUUAUCUUCCUGCGGAGCAAGAUCGCAUUUCUAAUGCCGGUGGUUCGGUAGUUCUCUGUCGUGUAAAUGGCUCCCUUGCUGUAUCGAGGUCAUUAGGUGACUUCGAAUAUAAGCAAGUACAGGGCAAGAGUGCCAUCGAACAAUUAGUUUCAGCAGAACCAGAUGUCACCAUUAUUGAGCGACAAAAGGAUCAAGACCAAUUACUCAUUUUGGCUUGUGAUGGUGUCUGGGACGUCUAUAGCAACCAGGAACUAUGUGAUUACGUUCUCCAGCGACUAAGCUGUGUUGCAUCAUUAGAAAGAGUGUCGGCUGAAAUUUUGGACACAAGUUUGCACAAGGGAAGCCGGGACAACAUGAGUAUUCUUCUUGUAUCUUUGGACAAAGCACCUUCUGUAGAUCCUGAUGCAUCUUUGAAGGAUAAAGAACUUGACGCUCAAAUUCAAUCUGCAAUCAAAGAUAUUCUUGACAAUACGUCGCAUAAAUUCGAUUGUUCGGUUGACUAUGUUGCUGGGGUUAUUGAUUCGAUGGAACUCACAAAUUAUCCUCCCGGUGGAAUGAUCACUAAGUAA